AUUAGCCCUGCAUCACAGGGUGUCAGGUAACAAUCAGACCGCCAUACCAAGAGCUUGUUAACGUCUCCUGCCCUCAUAUUAACUUCACGAUCCGCGUCCAUACGCCACAUCACGACCCAGAAUUGGAGGAGCAAAGAAAUCCAAAAUAUCAGUAGCAGGCGCAUCACCGGUAGUAUGGGUUGCAGUCAGUCGUCCGCCAACGGCUCCUCGAGCGGGAAUAACACGAACUGCACAAACUGCAAGAAUUGCAGCAAUUGCAGCAAUUGCACCGACUGCACAGGUAGGUGGGCUCUCUUCAUCAUCCAUUCUCAUGAUCUCGCUGUCACUUUCUCCAUGUUAUUCUCUCCAUUCCAGUUCUUGUGGAAGUCAUCACAUCGUUGCAAGGAACUCCUGCCGUCCUCAGUUCCGGUCAUGCACGCACGCUUCGCCACACGAAGCUGAGAUCACAGACUGCUUGUCGUGCUCGAGCUGCACGGCCUGCUACGACUGCGAGAGGUGCAACAGCUGCACGAGCAUCAACGGCUGCUACGAUUGUCGCAAUUGCACGGAGUGCGACGGCAAUGAUGGAUGUCGAAGCUGCACGGACUGCACAGACUGCACCAACUGCCGAAACUGCACAUCCUGUACCGACUGCACAAACGAGCAGAACAGCACGAACUGCACGGGAUGCACCGGCGGGAGCAACAAUACAAACUGUACUGAUUGCGCCGCCGCCGUACAGUGUGGUUGAGAAGUAUUAGACCUCAAGACUGCGACUGAUGG